AUCACAUUUUUCGAUGAUGAAUAAUUAAUCAAUCAAGAGCAGAGAGUGUAGGAGGGUGACAUGUUUCAUAAAAGAUGGUCAUUUUUUUUAAGAUUCCGAACUCUUUCUAGGGGGUAAUACCAAACUGCCCGGUCUCCAGCACCCCUCUCCAAACACCGCCACUCUUAAAUUGAUUUCCAAUUGUUUUGGUAGACAUAUAGCAAAACAUUGUUUCACCAAGCAAACCUCAUUGUUUCGUUGAAGGUGAGGCACGCACUAUUAGGAGUAAGGAGGUUAGCCAUGGAUACCUCGAGAAAGGCUCGAUUGCUAGCAGUCUUGAUGAUAUUGGUGUCUCAAUAUGUCUUCGCAGACCAAGACGUCCCAUCGGUGUCGUCUCCGAACUAUCACGAACAACCCGAAUCCGAACGACCUGUACCGAGACCUGAAGUCAAUCCGAACCCUGAACUUGACCCGAAACCCGAAGUCAAUCCGAACCCCGAGGUCAACCCGAACCCGAACAUCGUAGUUCCUGAAGUGCCGCCGGCACCCGAUGUCCAAACUGUCGAACCCGAGCAAGCACCCAAUCCCGAGCAGAGCUAUCGGGACUAUCUCCAAGACUACGUUCGCAAUAACUGCCACCAAGCCCCGGAACCCAAGUCAAUUCCCGGUCCUCCUGGCCCGCCUGGGUACCCCGGUCCAAUGGGUCCGAGCGGGCCUCCCGGAAUGCCCGGGAAUCACGGGAAUAACGGGAUUAAUGGACUCAGUGGACGCGAUGGUUUGGCCGGUGAAAAGGGAGCUAAGGGCGAGCAGGGGUAUUCUGGCCUCUCAGGUGCACCGGGUGUACCCGGCAUGAGGGGUGAUGAGGGCCCGCGUGGAUCCCCAGGGAAUGACGGUAUGAUGGGCAUGUCAGGGUCGGUAGGCAAACAUGGUAUACCUGGUCGACAUGGACCCCCUGGAGAUCAGGGCAUGCCGGGGAUUGAAGGUCCAGGGGGACCGCGUGGGUAUAAAGGCGAUCAGGGUGACCCCGGUGUCGACGGGGUCUGCAACUGCGACUCUCAACCGCAGCAACGGUACACACCCGGUUCAGGAACGUCGGCUUUCUCCGUCGCUCGGACUUCGGGCCUGACGGCGACGGACGGUCCGUUAACGGUGACGUUUCAGCAUGUCUUUGUCAACGUCCAUGAUGACUUCGAUAUCAACACGGGGAAAUUCAACUGCUCUUUACCAGGACUCUACUUCUUCACGAUUAAUGUCUACAAGUCCUCCACAGUUAACUAUCCGCUAAUCCAAAUACUACUGAACGGUGAGCACCAGGCAGCGGUGAUCGACUACGGGAGCACAGACACAGAGGAUUCGACCACGAACAGCAUCAUCCUCAGCCUUAACCAAGGCGACCUGGUAUGGCUCCAGCUCUACGAUGGGCGCGAACUCUACAGCAGCCACUACAGAUUUACCACGUUCUCCGGGUUCAGAAUCGGCUAGACGUGUAACGUCUUAGCAAGCAAAGUGUUUAUGGCGCACGUAGUUUAAGGGUGGAUGUGUAGAAGCGUGCUUACAAAGAUUGUUGUCUUACGAUGUUAAAGUUACCAAGACAACUUUUCUUUUUGCUUUCUAUACUUUUUUAAAUACCAUGUUACUUUAGAAGAUGUGAUUAAAAAUCUUGGAAACCAUUUCAUAAAUUGUUCAUUGUUAUUAUAACAAAUUUGCAAUAACAAUUUAAAGCUACUGAAAUAAUUCAAAUUGAUUGACUAUUAUGAUUAUAAACUUGUUAUAGAAAUUGUCUAUUAGUUAUUUUUAUAAGUCUUUACUCUGAAAGGGACCCAGAAAUCAAUCUAGUUUCAGAGUGUGGUAAAUUGCCAAUUGGUCUAAACCGCUUUGCCUACUGCCCGUGUGGUCUAAUCUCAGUACGUUAGUCCCACUCGACAUUCGACAACCAGUCCAAUUCGUCUAAUAAACACUCUGUCUAACUUGCCACCUUGUCUAUUUACCAUUUCGUCUACCCUGUUAUUUCACUAUGAACCUUACAGUAGUUGUUUAAACAGUUUAGUGUUUAAAAUCUUUAAUUACAAAGUUUAAUUUCGACUAUUUUAUCUUCAAUAAAUUGAGCAUGGUUGUUAACAUCUAUGUACGAUUCAUAUUAUAGUAACCAGCGUUGUUUUAAAUUUUUGAACAGCGUUUUUAUUAUGUCAUUCUCAUUUAUAAGGCUUGGGCUAUACCCAUUUUGUCUAAUAUUCAUUUGAUAUCUGACACCACGUUGUCUAGAUGGCUAGCAUGGGCGGAAAUCCCAGGGGGGACGCGUCCCCCUACCCAAAAUAGUAGGGGGACACGAUAUCAAAUGUCCCUCCUACUAUUAUUAGUCUUUUAUCAUGUUUAUGAUGGAAAGAAAUAUAUCAUUCAAAAUCGAAAUAAGACAUGUAUUUUGGACGAGAUGACCUUAAUGUUUGGGUGAUAAACUUUUUUUUUUUUUUUUUUUUUUUGCUCUUCAAAUUCAUUUUGGUCGAAAUGACCUUACAUUUGUACAUUUGGGGUGAUAACCUUUCUUUUUUUUUGCUCGUCAAUUUUUCCAGCCCCUGCUCCCCCCCCCCCCUCCCUUACCUUUCGGGAGAGAUUUCCGCCCUUGAUGGCUAGAUAAAUUGUUCAUGAACGGAACUUUAAUUUGACAAAAUACAAAAAUUCAGACUAGACCUACUGGGCAUUAUAUAGAGUAGGCCUAGACUGAAAUUAUAUGAAUAGGUUAAGUGUUGUGUAGACCGAACGGCAAUUCUGGUAGUUGAUCAAAUUACGGGUUUAGCUCAUUAUAGUCUUAGACCUUUCAGAAAUAUCAUGAGUAUAGGCCAGCUGCUUGCCGUAUAAAUAUGAAUGCUCAGACUACCCCCCCCCCCUUAUCACUUGAAGCCAUUUUUUAUAGUGGUCUUAAAGGGAUGCUCCGGGCUGAAGGUAUUUAUAUAUCAAUAAAUAGAGUAAAAUUCAUAAAGCAAAAUGCUGAAAUUCGAUCAAAAUCGGAUGACAAAUAACAAAGUUAUUGAAUUUCAAUAAUUUGCAUUAUUCCGAUGAAACAGUUCUAGGCAUGUCUUCAUGAAUAUUCAUCAGGUGUGCUGAUAAUGUCAUAUCCCCACUUCUAUUUUGUUUCUGUUUUUAUUACAUAAAAUGAGGUUUAUUCAAAUAUUUUUUUGUGUGUGAGGGUGUGCGGGUGCGUGUGUGAGGGUGAGUGUGUAAAAGAGAGUCUAAAGUUGUGCGAGUGGGUGAAACUGUGUGUGCAUGUUACUCUUUUCUGCAAAACCCAUUUGUUUUACUUUUAGAAAAACAAGCUUUUUUUUUUUUUUUUAAUAAAUCGAUCAGUAUUGAAAUCAUUAA